UAGAAGAGUGUGACUUCUCUCUCUAUCAUAUAUUUUCUUCUCUUCCUUUUGCUUUGUGAGAGACUAAUCAGUUUUAUUUUAAUUUAAGGAAUUCCUGAGCAAACUCAUAGUAACAAAGAAAACAAGAAAAGGAGAGUCCAGAAAGAGAAAGCCAGAGAAAGAGAGAGAGCUAGAGAAAACGAUACCUAAGUUCAAUUUGUAUCUUCUUUCUCUCUCUCUCUCUCUUUUCUGUGCAGCAAACUCCAAAGGAUCCGAGGUAGGAAGGAGAUAUAUAUUUAUAUUAUAUAUCAUGAAGAAGAAGAUUGAAAGAUUCAUAUGGGAAUAGGUAAAAGCCUACUACAGUUCUCUUGAAGUCUCUUUGCAAUAUUUCUAUGUCCCAAGAUUACCAUCAUCAACAACACCAGGGAGGAUUUUUCAGCUUCUCUAAUGGAUUCAACCGAUCAGAUUCUCCUAAUCUAACUCCGGAGAAGCAAGAACAUCAAAGGUUACUAGAGAUGGACGAGGAAUCCUCAGUCGCCAGAAGUGGAAUUCCUGUCUACGAACCUGCCGGAAUGUUAUCAGAAAUGUUUAAUUUCCAGAGAAGCAGCGGUGGUGGUGGAGGAGGAGGAGGAGACUUUGACCACUCCCAAUCUUUCCGGUCAAAUAGACAGUUACUUGAGCAGCAACAUCAUAAUAUUCCGGCCAUGAAUUCAGCCGCCGGCAUGCAGCUAUUCUUACCGCAACAACCACCGUCAACAAGGAGCCACCACGGUUCUUCAACUCUUCACAUGUUACUACCAAAUCCAUCUCAUCAUCAGGGCUACCCUAAUACUAUGUCUAUGCAUCAGCUUCCUCACCAACAGCUGACGUGGCAGUCUUCCUCCGAUCAUCAUCACAACACCCAAACCGAUAUCGGGACCGUCCACGUGGAAAACAGCGGUGGACAAGGCUUGUCCUUAUCUCUCUCGUCGUCUUUAGAGGCAGCAGUAAAAGCUGAAGAGUAUAGAAAAUUUUACUAUGGAAGCAACUUAUCUUCUCAUCAUCAAUACAAUGAAGUAUCAAACCACUUCCUAUCGUCUCCAGCGGCGGCUUCUUCAUCUUCUUCCAUAGGAGCAAUCAAUGUCUUGAGAAACUCGAGGUACACCAAGGCAGCUCAAGAGUUGUUGGAGGAGUUUUGUAGCGUUGGAAGAGGAUUUUCUAAGAAAAACAAACCUAAGAACAAUUCAAACCCUAAUACUAGCGGUGGCGACGGUAGCAGUAGUGGUGGCGCUGGCGGCUCUCCAUCGUCGGCAGGAGCAAGUAAGGAACAUCCUCCUUUAUCUGCCUCUGAUAGGAUUGAGCAUCAAAGAAGGAAAGUGAAGCUACUCACCAUGCUCGAAGAGGUGGAUAGACGGUACAACCAUUACUGCGAGCAAAUGCAGAUGGUUGUGAACUCUUUCGACAUAGUGAUGGGCCAUGGCGCAGCGAUACCGUACACCGCUUUAGCUCAAAAGGCUAUGUCCAGGCAUUUUCGAUGCCUUAAAGAUGCCGUGGCAGCUCAGCUUAGACAGAGCUGUGAACUUCUUGGGGAGAAAGAUGCGGCCGGAUUAUCUUCUUCCGGUUUAACUAAAGGCGAUACCCCACGGUUGCGUUUGCUAGAACAGAGUCUGCGUCAGCAACGUGCGUUUCAUCAAAUGGGGAUGAUGGAGCAAGAAGCCUGGCGGCCACAACGCGGUUUGCCUGAACGUUCCGUUAAUAUCCUUAGAGCUUGGCUCUUCGAGCAUUUCCUCCACCCGUAUCCAAGCGAUGCAGAUAAGCACCUCUUGGCUCGUCAGACUGGAUUAUCCAGAAACCAGGUAUCAAACUGGUUCAUAAAUGCUAGGGUUCGAUUAUGGAAACCAAUGGUGGAAGAAAUGUAUCAACAAGAAUCAAAAGAAAGAGAAGAAAGAUUAGAAGAAAACGAACAAGAAGAUCAAGAAACAAAAAACAACAGCAGCAACGACAAGAGCACAAAACCCAACAACAAUGAAAGCAACUUCACUGCCGUUCGGACCACAUCACAAACUCCAACGACAGCUGCACAAUCAGCAGCAACCCCACCAGACGCAGGCCACCACCGUCUAAGAUCAGCUGCCGAUAUCAAUGCUUACGAAAACGACCCUUCAUCCUCCUCCCACUCCAACGCCGCCGCAGUAGUCUCUAGCUACGGUGGCUCAACCGCGUUUUCUGCGAUUGCAACGUGCCAGCAAGGUGUUGGUGGAUUUGCUGAUGCUGACAUGGAUGGUGAUAAUAAUGUUAUAAGGUUUGGUACUAUAAACCCUACUGGUGACGUGUCACUCACGCUUGGUCUACGCCAUGCUGGCAAUAUCCCUGAUAAGAACGCCUCUUUCUGCGUUAGAGAUUUUGGUGGGUUUUAAUUAGCUUUUUGUUACUCCAUUUAUUUGAUUAGUUAUAUGGUUUUUCUUUUGUUACUCCGAUUGAUACAAACUCUAUUAAACAAGAAGAAAACAAUAUGAUAGCAUAAUGUAAUUGAGAUCGUGAGAUGA